AUGGCUUGCUGUUUGCUUGCUGCGUUCGUGAUCAACAGAUUCAUCGCCACCUGCGAAUAUUUCGAUAUUAAGCUGCUUGAGAUUAAAUACAAUGACUUUGACGAUGGCUGGAAAACGAAAGAGGAGGGCGUACAGCUCACUUCGACGCAUCUGGUCAUUACUGGAAUGACUUGUGCAACCUGUACAGCCACCAUCGAGCGAGUCCUCCAGAAAAUCCAAGGUGUUGAGCAAAUUGAUGUCUCAUUAUCUCUGGAAACAGCAACUAUAGUGUAUGAUGCGCUGAAGACAUCUCCAGAGGAUUUGAUUAGAGAGGUGGAACAAGUGGGCUAUGGCGCACAGCUAUACGAACGACCAUCGAACGAGACCUUUCGCUUGCUUUGUCGAACCGAGGAGUUAUCAUCGUUGCGGAGAUCUUUCAAUGCAGCAACCUUGUCCUCGUCUGCGGUUUUGUUGACUGAGCGUCUACGAGCAACAUGCUCUGCACGGGGAUGGGGCAGACAGUACACUACGUCGCUAUUGGUGAUCAGUCUGCUCUUGUCUUCAUGGGUUAAGUUCUUUGAUUCUCGGUUCACCCACAGGUCUGCAUGGACUCGUGGAAAGCAGGGUCUAUUCACCAUGGACACAUUGACAUCACUAUCACUGCUACUUGGAAUGACAUUGUCAUUAUUCAACCUAGGGCUUCAAGGAGUGGAGCUUGGUCGAACAUAUUUUACCUCGGGUUCGUUCCUGGCAACGGUCAUCAUUGGAGGCAAGUACCUAGAUGCUUUGCUCAAGAAGAAGAAUAUGGCCAAUCUGGCAAUUCUCUACAGGAUGGAAUCAGAAGCAGCGGUGGUCAAAGUACUCAACGGCGGCACAUACAUCCCCGCUGCAUCUCUUCGUGUCGGGCAGGAGAUUGUGCUUGCACCAAACUCGGUUGUCCCCUGCGAUUGCUACAUUCUCGACGGUAUGUCCACUGUUGAUCAGUCUACUAUGACCGGCGAGUCUCUACCGGUGAAAAGAACCGCAGGCGACUUUGUAUGUGCUGGCACGAGAAACCUAUCCGCACCACUGGUCGCUGUUGUCCACAGAGAGCAAUAUGAUUCCUCGCUCCACAGGCUAAUCGACAGUAUAGCUGCUGCAGCGGAACAAAAGUUAAAUGGACAAGAGAGAAUGGUCCUGGCGACGACCUACUUUGUCACAGGGAUUCUUAUCCUGACUGCGGUAGGAUUCGCUAUGUCUUACGUGAGCAGUGAGCCUGGCCUUUCUAUCCUACAACGUAUUAACGUCGCAAGCGAGCGAGCCAUGGCAAUUCUAGCUGCAGCAUGUCCUUGCGUCCUCGGCCUCGCAGUGCCUUCGGCGUCGAUGGCUGGGAUAGAUGCUGCUUGGUCUCAGGGAGUCCUCUUCCUCAAUGGUGCACGGACGAUCGAGAAUCUGACCAAGCUCACUCAUGUUGUGAUGGACAAGACGGGAACUCUCACAGAAGGUCGCUUGCAAGUUGUUGGUGCUGAAUUUACCGCGUUUUUCAGAACGGAUCAGUCACUCUGUUAUCGCCUUGUGUGUGCUGCAGAACGUACCGAAGCGGAGUUUCACCCUGUUGGCAGAGCAUUGUUCCAGUGGGCCCUCCGUCAGAUGGACGUCAGAGAGAAGCGAUAUCUAGCCACUACAGCAGUUCGUAACUUUUCCAGUCAUCCGGGUAAAGGACUGUCUUGCGAAGUAGAGAUCGCCCACGAAAACUGGCGGACAGUUCAUAUUGGAAGCAUGGAUUUCCUCCACAAUUGUCGGAUCCCGGUGGCGCCCCAAAACUCCUUUCCGACCCAUCAGUCUACCAUGGAGGUCUACUUCGCCGUAAAUUUCGCCUUUGCUGGAAGCAUCCAUCUUCAGGACGCUGUUCGCGCCGAAGCUGCCAACGUGGUGUCUACGUUGAAGUCUCUAGGGUUGGAAGUUUCCAUGCUCACCGGGGAUGCGCCUCUCGAAGCUGCCCGUGUUUCAUCCCAGCUUUCUAUUCCAGUACUCGCGUCGAAGUCCCUUCCUGCCGAGAAACACUCUCAUAUCCUUGCACUCCAAGCCCAGGGCGCCAAAGUUGCUAUGAUCGGCGACGGGAUCAACGAUGGUCCAGCCCAGGCUGCAGCUGAUGUCGGGAUUCUGCUUUCUCCAUCUCCUAUUACCAUUUCUGGAGCUGCGGACAUCCUGGUGAUGAGCCCGACAUUGCUUUCACUUCCAAGAAUAAUGAAUAUUGCACGGAUGACAAAGGCGCAGGCAAGGCGGAAUAUAAUGUUUGCUGUCGUGUAUAAUGCAACAGCCAUAAGCUUGGCUAUGGGUGUCGGAAGAGGAUGGGGACUUGAAGUCAAUGCUAGCGCUGCCGGCACAAUGAUGGCAUUCAGCAGCCUGGGCUUAUUAGGUAGUGGUUGGUGGCUGCGGCAGCGGUUGAAAACGGUUGGAUAG